AUGCCCACUGCCAAAAGGAAAGCCACCAGGGCGUCUCAGGCUUGUGAUAGCUGUCGUGCGCUGAAGGCGAAAUGCGACGAAACCAAACCAUGCAAAAACUGCCGAGAGAAGAAUGUUGAGUGCAAGUAUAGGGAGCCCGCACCUAAAGCUGUGACUAGCACCGACAAGGCGCAGGCGGACAUCCUGGACGGGGUUGCUGCGAUCCAGAGGACUCUGGAGACGCUGGUGAGGCAGCACAGCAACAUGGACUUGAGAGUGAGUAGGAUGGAGAAAGUGCUCACCCACAUAUACCCUAAUCUGGAAUUCAAAACGGAACACGACCCAGGAGAAGGCAGCAAGGCCGAGAUGGAAAUCUCAGAAACCGGGGGCGACGACAUGAAGCCGACGGGAAGCGGAGACGAGUCCUCGGUCGACGAUGAUGUGAUGAAGACAGGGAUGGGGUACACUUCUACUAACCCCGGCUAUAACAUGCCCGAUGAGGAAAUGGAGGCUGUCCCAGGGCCCGUUCUGCCGCCCGGCGAACUUUCUAUUCCGACGAACCACACCACCGGCGCCGGCCACCUCCUGAACUGGCCGUGUAUCAACGGGAUGGUCCAGAGGGUACUGGAGAGGGAAAACCUUCGUUUCCCAGCAGAGUUCCCCAUCCGGGAGGAAGAACAGCGGGGAAUUCUUAGGGUUUAUGGCCGAGGAGAAGGUCGAGACCCCAUUCCCCGUGAUCGAGACGUCCGCGCAGAACACGGAACGACCGAUUUCCCGGACGAUAUCGCACAUUCCGAUAUGAGCUCACCAGCUCCUGGUGAUGCUUCAGGCCAUAUUGGGGGAUUUAGCCCGGUGAACAUCUCAGAAUACAACAGCUCGAGCCCCCGUACCCCUGUCUUGACCCCCAGCGGCGUCCCCGACUUCUCGGAACCAAAGGUGUGGGGGUACGUCAAGAGCUUUGAGGAGAACAUUUUAAACAUGCACCCCAUCAUUCUCCCAAAGGACUUGCGCGGGAUGGUGCAAAUCUUCCUCAACAGCAUUCCCAAACCUGCUAAGCCUCUGGCCCCGGCCCAGGUUGCCAAGUUCGUUCAGCCCCCACCCCCACCUACUGCCGAACCCGUAGGGAUGAAGCGCAAGAGAUCACCAGCUAUGGAUGCGCCGGACACUCCCCAGAUUCAGUUCAAGGCCGGGCGACCCGCACGAACCAUCAACAACGCGGUUGUCUUGACGGUUCUAGCCCUUGGAAAGAUAUGCCUUCAGCGAGAAAAUGUCCCUGACGUCGUGCGCGACGACGGCCCCUCGAGAUCGACCUAUAGCAAGAGGAAUGGCUACCCAAGCUCGCCGGGCCAUGCCUCGUCUCCCGAAGCUUUUACACCGAAUUACUCAUCGGGCAUGGCCUCGCCCAAGGACAGCGAGCGGCCUAAUCCAGGCCGACGACAUUCAUUCCAGGGUUCAAAAGGUGGCUACCAGCCUCGGCGCAAUUACGACACGAUACCGGGCCUCGAGUACUUCGCUAUCGCGACAGACAUCAUUGGUAACCAACUAGGUGGCAACACAAUGAACCACGUCUACGCGGGUAUCUUUGCUGGCCUCUUCCACGGCCAGCUUGGGCGAGUUGUGGAGAGUCACGCUUACAUUGCCCAUGCUUGUAAUGUGCUGAUGAAUAUUUUGCGACCGAGUUUGAAACGGCUGUCGAUGCUGAAGGAGACGCGAUCCCUGAUUCGAAGCAACCGUGAUAACCAGCUUAUCUUCGCCUUCUGGACAUGCCUCCAGCUUGAGAGUGACAUCGUCGCUGAGAUCCCUCGUCAUCAAUCUGGGAUUCUCGCGCAGGAGGACCACUUGCCCUACCCUAAUCCUUACUUCUGGCAGCAGCAAGACCCCCAAGCCGAGGUGCUGCAAGAUAGUGUGCUGACGAGCUACAUGGCGCAACUGUAUCUUCGAAAGCAUCUCAAUCAAAUCCAUCGAAUGCUGUACGGCUCGGAGGCGCGGCAGCAUCGAUAG